CAGAAGGAGGGGGCGGGCCGGCAGCAUGACAGGUGGCUGAGCGACCCGGAGGACCAGGGUGGCCGAGCAGACGGACGGACGGACUGACGGACAGGCAGCAGUGGCCCAUGCAGGACCCAGCAGGUGGAGAGAGGAGACCUCGGAGGCUGCCUGCCAUGGGGUUCAGCAUCAUUCUGCUGCUGUGUGUGAUUGGGCUCAGCCAGGCGGCCAUAGAGAAGAUUUUUAACGGCACAGAGUGUGUCCCCCACUCGCAGCCCUGGCAGGUGGGGCUGUUUGAGGGGACUCAGCUGCGCUGUGGGGGCGUCCUCAUCGACCGCAGGUGGGUCCUGACUGCUGCCCACUGCAACGGCAGCAGGUACUGGGUCCGCCUGGGAGAACACAGCCUCAGCGGGCUGGACUGGACAGAGCAGAUCCGGCGCAGCGGCUUCUCGGCCACCCACCCCGGCUACCACGGGGCCCAGCACAGCCACGACCAUGACCUCCGGCUCCUGCGGCUGGGCUUGCCCAUCCGCAUCACCCACAGUGUCCAGCCCCUGCCCCUGCCCACGUCCUGCGUGGAGGCCGGGACCCGCUGCCACAUCUCGGGCUGGGGCACCACCAACCACCCGUGGAGCCCAUUCCCGGACCGGCUGCAGUGCCUCAGCCUCUCCAUCGUCCCCGACACCACCUGCCAGGACGUGUUCCCCGGGAGAAUCACCGGCAACAUGGUGUGUGCGGGCGGCGUCGCGGGCGCAGAUGCCUGCCAGGGUGACUCUGGGGGUCCCCUGGUGUGUGACGGCGUCCUUCAGGGCCUGGUGUCAUGGGGGUCCGUGGGGCCUUGCGGACAAGACGGCAUCCCCGGCGUCUACACCAAGAUCUGCAACUAUGUGGGCUGGAUCAAGACGGUCAUGAGGAACAACUGACCUCUCCCACCGCCUCCAGCCUGGGAGCCACGCUGCCCCUCGAAGCACCAAUGUCUCCACAUCGUCACCGCCUUCGUGGUCUGGAGCCUUCUUCCUUGCUGAAGCCCGGACCCCUUCAGCCCUUAAACACAGACCUGUGGUUGGGGAAAUGUAUGGAAUAAACACGAUGACCUA